AUGCGGUUGAGGGUCGGUUGUGGUCAUAAUUCAAAAUUCUUUGAGGCAUUUUGGUCACGAAAGGUAUUAUUGAACGUUUUCUUGAAAAUAACCUAUAAAAUGCCUCAGUGAAUAUUUUCCAGCCGGGAAGUAGAUUUAAAAAUGGUAUUAGUAUAGUGAUAAACUUCUAAAGGCCACUUGCAAGUCAGACAAUUUUAAAAUGACUUAAAAGUUAUUUUGAAAUUCUGUGACUACAUGGGAAAUAGUAAAAAAAAAAAAAACAACAACAACAAUAAAAAACAAUUAAAAAAAUAGAGAAAAAUUCUCAACCUAUCGUUACCCAUGGUCUCUUAAAAGGACGAUUCCAUUCAGCUGAUUUUGAAAUGAGAAAAAUGAACACACAGAACUAAGUUCAUCCUCUCUUAGGAAAUACGAUCGAGAUGUGGAAAUGGACUUGUGGAACAAGGAGAGGAAUGUGAUUGUGGAACCGAAGAGGUGAAAGAAGUUUUGCGUUUAUACUGGUUGUCACGACAACCAAAACCCUUUUUCUCUCAACAGAUUUAGUCCUGUACAUGACUGUGUGUUUCCCUUGAUGGAAUUAACCUCGCACAAGUUGGUUAAACUAAAAAUGCCAGAAGACACAAGUUUGGUGGACUUGCUUUUCGACGGCUCAUUUAUUUAUCUGUGCUUAUUUGUUCUUAUUUCUACGUCAGGAUUGCCUGGAGUUGGAUCCGUGUUGUCAACCAAAAGACUGUAAACUUAAACCGGGCUCACAGUGCAGUGUACUAAAUCACGCUUGCUGCCAAGAUUGUGUGGUGAGUUUUUAUCAUUAAAAUCACUGUCGAGGCUAUCCGAACAUGGACAAAACUUUUUAAACUUUUUAUACAGUCGUCCCACAGCGGUUGAAAGCAUCCAGUUUGAAAUGUGAAGCAGUCAAAAUUAAGUACCCUUGAAUUACAAAAAGUCUCAACUGAUAGCCUGGCGAGCUCUAUUAACGCCUUAGAGUGACUAACAUCCAAUUUCUCCUUACAAUAUCACCACUGAAUCACACCUUAACGUCAUAAGAAUAGAGGAAAUGAUCACCAACUAAUGAAACUCUAGAUUGUUGGACAAAUUCUCCUUUUCAGCCCUUAAGAAAUGUAUAGAGAACAGUAUGGAGAAUAUGAACACUGAUGUUGGGGUGUAAAGGGUUAAAAAGAACGUUUAAGAUCUUCUCGUGGCAAAGGAAAACUGUAAAGAGCUAAGAAAUAAUAAUACCAAAAAGAUCAAAAUGGUUAUGAGAUGAAAAUUGUAGGUCCGAGCAAGAAAUUAAGACUAACUAUUAAAUUUUUAUCCCAAAAAGUAGUUUAUUCAGUUGUAUAUGAAAAAGUUUCAUUUUCAAAUAUCUCUCCGACCUGACAGUUUAAACCACACGGAAUCCUGUGUCGACCGAGUGAAGGUGAUUGUGAUGUACCAGAGUAUUGCCCGGGAGAUAAUGGAGACGUGAGUAGUCAACAGUUGAGCUGAUCAUGCAUGAACUAGACAGAGUGUUAUUGCAUAUUCGACAGAACUAAGUAUGCCAGUCAUUUUGUAAAUAGGAACUUCAUUGAGCAAUGAAAUAGUUUCUCUUUACAUACUGCUACAGACGCAAGACACCUAAUUCUUGCAAUGCGCGUCGCUACUCAGGAGUACUCAUAAAUUGAUAAUCGGAAAAAAAUUGUCAGGGUAACCUAAUGAUAUGCUGACGGCAAAUUUUCUUUCCUCGUGUAUGCAAUGGAAAAAUCAGGAUAAUCCCCAGCCCGAGUUAUCUCAACAUCCCAAGUGGGUUAUUAAUCCGGUUAAUCGAGAGUAAACCGUUUUUUGGUGUAACAUACGACAGGUUUUCGGUAAUUUUUUAAUGUCAUAGAACCCACAAAAACGAUUUUAUCACCCUCUCCCAGCCGACAAUGUAACGGAAUGUUUAUAGCGAACAAAUUGUUCAUGGAGUGAGGGCAUCCGGAAAACUGAAGGGACAACUUUUUCAAGACAAGACUGGUUUAGGGAUUCGACUUAUCAAUAGUUACACUCAGUAAUUAUUUUUCUAUACGCUUUAGUGCCCGGAGGAUUCGUUUAUUCAUGACGGAUAUCCAUGCCGCAGUAUAGGACAGGCAAGUGUCUUCUUAAAAGAAACUCUAAAGAUAUUCUGAGCUUGUAACCGUCUUGCGACAUAAAAGUAUAACUUCAAUGUCAAGAAACAACUCUGACGGCGCUAACGUAGGGUCCUUUUUGUUUUUACUUCUUUUCAGCUUCUUGUUGGACCCACGACUUAUGGUCAAACUAAAAAUGUUGUGCUCAAUCCACCAAUUGAGGCGCAGUACUUAAGAAUAAAUCCCCAGUACUGGAGCUACUCAAGAAUGUGCCUUAAGACAGAAUUCUAUGGCUGCUCAGGAGAACAAGGCAAGAUAGACUUACUGUAUGAUUAA